GUGUCCUUCGUCUUGUGCGCGCCCGAAGGACCUUUGAACGUCGGCGCGGCCGCGCGCGUGAUUCAAAACUUUUCGUUGCCGAGCUCGCUUCGCGUCGUGCGUCCGAGCGCGAGCGUGCUGCGCGACGACGACGACGGCGCGUCGGCGCCGCGGUUGCACGAAGACGCGUACAAAUUCGCGGUGCACGCGAAGUGGAUGCUGGACGAUUGCUGCGCGCGAGGAGAGAGCGUGCUCGAGGCGGUGGCCGAAGCAUCGCUCGUCGUCGCCACGACGGCGCGUCCGCGGGAAAAUUUACCGCUGUUGACGCUCGGCGCGGCGUGCGAGAAAAUGCGAGACGAAAUCGCUCGAGGCGGCAAGUGCGCGAUUCUUUUCGGGAACGAACGCACCGGUUUGACGAACGAAGAGCUCGAGCUCGCUGAAUUCGGUGUUUCCAUACCGACUUCGGCGACGGUCGGAACGUCCGCGAUGGCGCGUCGAAACAAGUAUUCCGGCGGCGCGGGCGUCGACGGAUCGCAGACGGCGACGUCGCUGAAUCUCGGCAUGGCGGUCGGCGUCGUGGCUUACGAGCUAUUUUCACAAGUGCACGCGGUGCGAGAAGACGACGAGACAAAGUCCAUCGGUGGGUUCAAUCAACCGCAUCGCUUGACCGUGGGCGAGCGCGCCGCGCUCAUCGACGACGUCGUCGCGGCGCGGCGAGCCGUCGAUGUCUUCGCCGACGUCGACGCCGAAGAGGACGUCAUCUUUGCCGAAAAGGAACGUCGCGCCAUCACGGCGGUAUUAUCUUCGGGACCGAUCGCGACGCGAGAUGCGACGCCGAUUUUCAUGCUCGCGCGGCGCGCGCGCGCGCUCGCCCGGCUCGCGGACCCGAACGCGUUAGUCGCCGACGCGGCGCGCGCGUACGCGCGAGCCAACGGUGGCGCCGUGCCGAGCACCAAAUCUCUCAACGCGUACAUUCGCGAAACAUUAGGCAUCAGUCUCACGAAGCGCGAGCUCGAGCGCGCCGCAGCGUUGGUUCGCGACGACUUGCCGCCUUGA